CUGUGGUCCCUCCCUUUCCGGGUCUAGUCAUAUGGUGCAGUUCUCACCAAAAAUAAAUUGAGUUCUUCUCUGAGCUGCAGACACACACACACACACACGCAGCACCACCACCACCACCACCAUGCCUGGACUUCUGCUGGGAGACGUGUUCCCGAACUUCGAGGCCGACACCACCAUCGGCCAGAUCAAGUUCCACGAUUUCCUGGGCAGCUCGUGGGGCAUCCUGUUCUCCCACCCAAGGGACUUCACUCCGGUCUGCACCACAGAACUGGCCUGUGCCGCCAAGGUCAGCGAUGAGUUCAAGAAACGUGGCGUGAAGAUGAUCGCCCUGUCCAUCGACAGUGUGGAGGAUCACCACAACUGGAGCAAGGAUGUGAUGGCAUUCAACAGUGAGGCUGAAGGUGCUCUUCCCUUCCCCAUCAUCGCUGAUCAUAAGAGAGUGCUGUCCGUGCAGCUGGGCAUGCUGGACCCUGAUGAGAUCGACAAAGAUGGAUUGCCCCUCACCGCUCGCUGUGUGUUUGUGAUUGGCCCAGAUAAGAAGCUGAAGCUGUCCAUCCUCUACCCGGCAACCACUGGGAGGAACUUUGACGAGCUGCUCAGAGUCAUCGACUCUCUGCAGCUCACCGCACAGAAGAAGGUUGCCACACCGGUCGACUGGAAGCCUGGUCAGAAGGUCAUGGUCAUUCCCUCACUCUCUGAUAGUGAAGCUGCUGCUCUCUUCCCCAACGGUGUGACAACGAAAGAGUUGCCUUCUGGGAAGAAAUACUUGCGCUACACUCAGCCCUGAAGACUUCAUCCUGCUCUAACUUACAGCUCUUAGACUCCUUGGCUGUUGAGUCACAAGUAGAUCUAACCCAAAGCAUAGAUGUAUACUUACCUGGUUCUCUGACGGGUGCAUGAGGUCAAGCCACCUGCCGAGCUAUGAACUAAAUACAUCCAGAGUGUCAUCAUAACGUGCCUUGUUUACUAUUCCAAAAUAAAAAAACUUUUCACACUAA